AUGUAUCGUGUUUUUGGCUAGCAACACAUCGCUAACCUCGUGCUCUCCUUUCAUCGCCAUUAUUGCUUAGUAGCCGCAAGUGUAUUUUAUAAUUUUCGCAAAUACAUAAAUAUGUCCGCAGUGGAAACAUUAAACGUUGAGGCGGCCGUAACCGAAGUUGCUGUAACCGCAGCCGGCGACGAUGCCAAAAAACAAAAGAAGCCAAAGCCGAACAAUAAAAAACUGCGACAAGAGGCCGCAGCUAAAAAGGUCGCCGAGGGUGGCGAACCGGAGGCAGCCACUAAUGGCGACGUUGAGAAAAGGGCGCCAACGGGCGCAGCGGCUGCGCCCGCCAAGAAGAAGAACAAGGGCAAAAAAGCCGGCGGCGGUCAAACAGAUCCACCCACCAUACCCAUUUCAGAGCUCUUUGCCAAUGGCAAUUAUCCCGAGGGUCAGAUUAUGGAGCACCCUACGCCAAAGGAUCUGCCGGACGACCGUACGGCCAAGGAUCGCUUUUCAUCCGAGGAGAAACGUGCUUUGGAUCGCAUGAAUAACGACAUCUACAUGGAGCUGCGUCAAGCGGCCGAGGCACAUCGCCAGACUCGCCAGUAUAUGCAAAAGUAUAUCAAGCCCGGCAUGACAAUGAUACAGAUAUGCGAGGAACUCGAAAAUACCGCACGUCGGCUAAUUGGCGAGAACGGACUGGAGGCCGGCUUGGCUUUUCCAACCGGAUGCUCGCUUAACCAUUGCGCUGCCCAUUACACGCCCAAUGCCGGCGACACCACGGUGCUUCAGUAUGAUGAUGUUUGUAAAAUUGAUUUUGGCACUCACAUCAAAGGACGCAUCAUUGAUUGCGCCUUUACGCUGACAUUCAACAAUAAGUACGAUAAGCUGCUGCAGGCCGUCAAGGAGGCGACCAAUACGGGCAUUAAGGAGGCGGGCAUCGAUGUGCGUCUAUGUGAUGUGGGCACGGCCAUUCAGGAGGUGAUGGAAUCAUACGAAAUUGAAUUGGACGGCAAGACCUACCCCAUCAAGGCUAUACGUAAUCUGAAUGGACAUUCUAUUAGCCCGUACCGCAUUCAUGCUGGCAAAACUGUGCCCAUUGUCAAGGGCGGCGAGUCCACACGCAUGGAGGAGGAUGAGUUUUAUGCUAUUGAAACCUUCGGCUCCACAGGUCGGGGCCUGGUGCACGACGACAUGGACUGUUCGCAUUAUAUGAAAAACUUUGAUUUACCAUUUGUGCCGCUCCGCCUGCAGUCAUCCAAACAGCUGCUGGGCACCAUUAACAAGCAUUUCGGCACGUUGGCCUUCUGCAAGCGUUGGCUGGAUCGCGCCGGCGCCACCAAAUACCAAAUGGCACUCAAGGAUCUAUGCGACAAGGGCAUUGUUGAGGCGUAUCCGCCUCUGUGCGACACCAAGGGCUGCUAUACGGCCCAGUAUGAGCACACCAUCAUAUUGCGACCCACAUGCAAGGAGGUGGUAUCGCGCGGUGAUGAUUAUUAAAAUCAUGAAUAUAUCGGAACAUGAAACGUUUAAACGGCAUUACAUUUGUAGCAUGCAUUACAUUAACAUUAACUACAGUUUAAUUUCUAUAAGUUCAUGCGAUUGUUGAAUUUUUGUGUGUGAGAGAGUAAGCGUAAAGCGAUUUCAAUAUACUGUGCAAUUGUGUUAAGCAAUUCACAUAAGCGAA